CCGGAAGCGGAAGUGUAAAGCUCUUUCCGCUGCUGCCUCUUACUGUCCUUUUGAAGAUUCGUUUGAACCCCCUCCCUCCCCCUCCUUUCUCCUCCACUCCUUGACAGCGGCUCCUCCUGGGCGACCUCCCCAGCCUGCAGCUCGCCCUCCCCCUCUCUCCCUCCCCGGGGAAAGAGGCACCGGCCGCCGCCGCCAUUUUACAACCGGGAAGACGGAAGGUGCCGGAGCCUGCCACAUCCCAGAGCGUCUCCCAGGAUCCCACCAACCGGUGAACCAUGUUUUGGAAGUUUGAUCUGCACACUAGUUCACAUGUGGACACUCUCCUAGAGCGUGAAGAUGUUACCCUGUUUGAGCUUUUGGAUGAAGAAGAUGUAUUGCAGGAAUGCAAGGUUGUGAACCGCAAGCUGGUGGAUUUCCUAGUGAAACCACAACACAUGGAAGAACUAGUCACAUGCAUAACAGAAGAGCCUCCAAAUGAUGUGGAUGAAAAGAUGCGAUAUAAAUAUCCAAGUGUAUCCUGUGAGAUCCUAACAGCAGAUGUAUCACAGAUUAAUGAUGCCUUAGGGGAAGAUGAAUCUUUACUGAAGCGACUGUAUGACUUUUUGCAAAACAAUGAAAGCCUUAAUCCUUUACUGGCAAGCUUCUUUAGCAAAGUGAUGGGCAUUCUAAUCAACAGGAAGACUGAACAGAUUAUAGCGUUUCUUCGAAAAAAAGAUGACUUUGUAAGCUUGUUGUUACAACACAUUGGCACGUCUGCCAUUAUGGACCUGCUACUGAGGCUUCUGACAUGUGUUGAACAGCCUAGACUGAGACAAGAUGUGUUCAAUUGGCUUAAUGAAGAAAAAAUAGUACAAAGACUUAUUGAAAUGAUUCAUCCUUCAAAGGAUGACAAUCAACAUUCCAAUGCUUCCCAGUCCCUGUGUGAUAUCAUUCGUCUGAGCCGGGAGCAAAUGAUCCAGAUUCAGGACAGUCCAGAACCAGAUCAAUUAUUGGCUACUUUGGAAAAGCAGGAAACCAUUGAGCAGCUCCUAAGUAACAUGUUUGAAGGAGAACACAACGAAUCUGUAAUUGUUCACGGCAUUCAAGUGCUUUUGACGCUUCUGGAGCCUCGUAGACCGAGGGCUGAACUUGGUGGAUUGAGUGGAUUCUAUUGUAACCUGGAAGGCCAGUUGGAGAUCAACCCUCCCGGUAUGGACUCGUCUUCCAACACUCAAGCCAGUUUAGACACUCUGCUUGCUAUUAAGCAGCAUUUGUGUGAGUUUCAUAAACUCCUAGUUGAUCCACCAACGAAAUACUCCUUGCAGACCACUUGGGGAGUCCUUGAUCCACCAUUGGGAAACACACGUCUCCAUGUGGUGAAAUUACUUGCAAGUGCAAUUAACGCAAACAACGAAGCAUUAAACCAAGAACUGAUUGACCUAGACACCCUCAAUGUAAUAUUGGAUCUUUAUUUCAAAUAUAUGUACAAUAAUUUCCUGCAUUCACAAGUAGAACUUUGCAUCAACACGAUUUUAAAUUCUGCACCUAUUGAAGAAACCAACGAAACUGAUGAACAAGUAAACCCGCUCGUUAAACAUCUUUUACAGAAAUGUCGACUUUUCCAUAGAACACUUUCAGCGUGGGAGGAAAAUGAAAAAGAACAGUCUGAAGGUGGAAGACGGAAAGGCUUCAUGGGUCACCUGACAAAAAUUGCAAAUGCAAUGGUUCAGAGUUCUGAAAAAGGACCUAAUGUCAACCUUGUUAUACAGCUGAUUAAAGAUCUCACAGAGGAAGAGCAGGAGAAGUGGGAUAAUUUCAUUAGUGGAUCCCUUACAGACACCAAUAAGAAGAAUACUGUGGACCUUGUAAACACCCGUAACAUGCACUCCUCUAGUGACGAUGACGAGAGUGACCUAAAAGAGUUCACCUUUCCCCAGGAAGCUGUUCUUCAACAGGCGUUUGUGGACUACCAAAUGCAGGAGAUGACCUCCGCCUUCAUUGAUCACUUUGGUUUUAAUGACGAAGAGUUCGGAGAACAAGAAGAGAGUGUGAACGCUCACUUUCGACAGCUGAAGAGUGCGCCAUUUGACAAAACUGCCAACAUCACAUUUUCUCUUAAUGCCGAUGAAGAAAGUCCAAACUCUAAUCUCUUUGAAAUCUGCUACAAAGAACGAAUCCAACAGUUUGAUGAUGAUGAAGACGAAGGUUCUGAUGGUGAAGAUAUCUGGCAGGAGAAAGAGAUGCGUUUUUCUUCUGGCACUAUGCAAAGUACUGGUACCAGGAGCUGCGGAAGUACAGAUAGCGAGGACAGUAGAGACUCCGAUGAGGAAGAGGAAGAUUCUGGUGGUGGCGAUGAUGGUACAAAUCCUAAUCCCAGUGAUGCCGUUCAAGCAACAUCAGAAGAAAAUAGCUGGACUGCAACCUUUGAAUCUAUGCCUACAGAUGUUUCUUCAUCUCCAUUAAUUAGCUCAGCAGACACUGGGUCAUCGCUAUGGGAUAAGACCGCUCCAGGUGCCAGUUCUGAAGAGGGCUGGGCUGUAUUCACAGACAUCAGUGCAGAGAUGAGUUCGCAGGAGAGUACACAAAAGGAAAAACCUGCAGAUGUAGAAAACCCCAUUCCUCAGGAAGAUUAUAAAAGCAAAGUGUCUAAAGAAGAAAUAACCUCAAUAACCUCAGCCAGCUUUGGUAACAGCCAGGAAAGUUUAGAGCUCCCGCAGUGUUCUGUUGUAGAUAUGGAUACAGUUCCAGAUAAUUCACAUGAUAAAUCUGAUGAUGGAUCAGAAUGCAGGCUAACCUGGAAUGGGGAAAUUGAAGAAUCUAUGGCACAAGGGAAGCCAAAGACAGAAGCUCACAUCAGGGUAGAAGAUACAGCACCAUCUACCUCUACUAUGGAUAAUAAAGGGGAACCUAAACUUCAAAGUUUGGAACUACCAAAUGACACUAUAGAUAAGAAUUCUAUUGAAACUCACCUGCAAGAUAACAGAGAAUCCAGCUCAUUGCACAGUACUACACAGAAUGAGGUCCAGUGGCCUUCAGUCCCGGACAGGCAAACACCAGAAUGUUCUCCUGAGGAUAAUAUAAAUUAAGUAUGUCAGGUAAACCUUGCAUCUUCCUCUGGCAGCCUUUACAUCACGAAAUAUCAGUUGACUGCCCGUCCAAAGAUCUUUAAGGCUCUGAAUGGAUCACAAUGCAGGACAAUACCCAGGCCUCUGUCUCCUUACAAAGGAGCAAAUGGGACAGUUCAGCAAAACCUCAAAAUUAGUCCUACACAGGCUUUGAUUUCUGAAAACAAAAGUCUACAAAAGGUUCCUAGAACAGUUUUUUGCACUGAUAUUACUGGCUGUUAAAAUUCUAUAUACAUGUACACAUUUAUAUAUAUAUAUAAAAUCUAUAUGUAUGUGUAUAUAUAUUUAGGAGAGAAAAUGCAGUAAGUAAUAAAACAAAAAUUAAUGGAAUUUAAAUUAUAUACAUAUAUAUAUUUUUGUUUUGUUUUAAUCAAAUAAAUCUUAGAUGCCACGAGGCAUAAGCACAAGGCAGAACACCAAAAGCAGUUUUUUUUUUUGUUUUUUUUUUACUUUUUCUAUCCCCCCCAGAUAUUAGGAGCUUUCUAUGCAGAUGUGCACCAUGCUGUGACUGGCCAGAGGACCGAAUUCCUCUGCCUUAAUGUUUCUGCUGUGCCCAAUUGCACUUUUUUGUGCAUAAUGCAACAGUUGGGAAAAUGUUCAGUGACAUUUGCUAAAAACAUUUUUUUUUUCUUCCUACUCCUGUAACCUUUUUUUUUUUUUGUUGUAUAAACACAUCAACCCCCUUCCACCAUUUUUAUUAUUUACUUGCCUAGAUAAAACUUGAAGUAGUGUAAUUACCAAAAACUACUCUCGCUGAAGAUUUCUAAACCAGAUUUGUUAGAUUUACCUUAAUGUUAGCAGUGCCUUAUUGUUCCAUAAAUAUGUGAUAUGUCCGUUUCAGUGGGAUAGUCUUUUAACGAUCAAUGGUUCCUGUAUAUUUUAUGCAUUGUAAAUGGAAAAUGUGACUGGUGGAUGACAUGCAGCAUAACAUUCAUUUUAUGAUCAGUCAGGGCAUAGAUGCCCUUUUUGGACUAUUCUGCCUUGCAUAUGUUUGCACAGACUUUUUUUGUCUGCUUUAGAGCAUUCUAUGCAUUAUGAGAGUAAAUGUGAAAAAAACAAUAGUUUUUCAGUAUCCCU